GAGGGGGGGGGGGUUAAUCUUUAAUUUUCAGUGGGGGGUGUCUGUAAUUAUUCAUUUCCAAAAUUCUAUUUACAAAAUCAGAAAUAUGGCGACGUCGACAAACUCUUCUGCAGGUGAGAAGAUUUAUCUUGCUUAUUUUGUGUAUAUUUAUAAUCAAAUCUUUCUCGUAUUAUACACACAAGUCAGCUUUAGAUAUGAAACUAUUUAUAAAAGGCAUAAAGUGUCAAAUAAAACGUACAAGUCUCACACAUUUUUCAAGUUUUAUAAGAGGAAUUUCCGAAUUCCGAAAUAGAAACAAGACGUUGUAAUUUUGUAUAAUAAUAUUAUAUUGUAUACGACAUGAUGUCGAUUAAUGAUAUUCGAUUCCCUGAAUGUCUGAGAAAAUGAAAUGAAGUUGUAAAGUUAUAUUGGUAAGGUUAUUUGAGUUGUAUAGUACGUAACUGAUAUAUUUUUCAACCAAUUUAAAUAGUUCCCUGAGUCAUUCAAGUGCUGCCUUAGGAUCUGUUUAUUUGCAACAGUAAUUGAGAUUGCCUGUAUUGAAAGCAGGAUAAUGAGUUUUGACUUCUGUUUAUAUGAGAAAAUUUUGUCCAGCUUGCCAAGAUGAUUUGAUUGUUUUGACAGCUUUUAACAACAGCUGCCGGUAUCUCUUGAUACUUUCUGCCUGUAACCAAGUCUAACACGUUGAAAUUUUUGUCCCUAUUUUACCAAAACCUUGCAUGUUUUAAACAGUGGAUCUAUACAUAUCUGUAGCAAGAACAUGAUCAGUCGUCAGUCAUUCGGCCUAUAAGAAAAUAGGCGUACGGACAUACGAUUGUAUGCUGAAAUUAGCUUGGCGUACACCAAGAAUUUCAGAGAAGUACAACCGCGUACACUUCCUACAGCAGAGCUAAACCGUUACCCAGUCCCGUUUGCCUUAAAAUCCUUGAGACAAUGAACAAACAUUUGCCUCUAACACUGAUCCUGAAAUAUCCAUUAUUAUAUUAUUAUUCACAAACUAUUUUUUAACCAAUAAGGAAAUUCAUAAUCAUAACACAAGAAAUUCGUCAUUGCUACACAAAAAGAGCAAUAGGACCAAUUACACAAAACACACUCUCUCUAAUGAAGGUAUAGAAGUGUGGAAUAAUCUUCCCACUCAAUAUAAAGAACCUGCUAAAUCUUACGACUCCUUCAAGACAAUAAUGAAAAAGUACUUCUCACAUCUAAACUUAAUAGAAUAACAUAUUCCUGUAAGUAUAGAAAAACUAUAAAUCAAAAAUUGAAUUGUAAAUAUAACUUACUAUCAUAUCAUAUAAUAUUUAACUAUUGUUUUUCCUUUCUCCUAAAAGCACUCGAACUGAUGCUGCAUAUUAUUUUGCUAAUUAGUUUAAAUUUAUAACCUAGGGGCCUAAAACAAAAGCCAUAUGGUUUCUAGUAGGCUCCUAGCCCAUUUCUUGUAAAUAGUUUAUUUCUUUUAUGUGCAAUAUCAAUAUCUUGGGCGAAUCAGCAAAUAAAUAAAUAUUUAUAACAAUCAAACAUGAAACAUUGAUCUCGAAACAUCGAGUUCACUGCUCAAAUCCCAGACCGCGAUUCUUGGAAUUCAAAAUUCUUGGAAUUUUCUGCACUCUAAGCACUUCGUUUAUUUGUUAAAUUUGUCCUCACAGUACUUGUAUUUUGGGCAAAAAUAAGAAAAGUUCCAUGUAAAGUUAUACGGUAUGCCGACCCACCGUAUUGGUGGUGCUCGAAUAUUUUCUUGCGUAUUCGAAAAUAAAUUGUUUCAAUAUAAUAACUAGUAUUCACAACUCAAAUAUAGAAUACCAGAGUUUUCUUCAAGGGGGUGCUGGACACCACUAUGGGCGUGUGCAUGCCCCCCUGCACCCCACCGGUACAUGUAGAUCCACCCCUGCUUUGUAACCUGCAAAGCAAUGCCUGUUGUACAAACAACAACAUGACGAGAUCUCACCCGCGGUGAUGCGCCACUUGCCAAGCUUGCAGCUCAAAAAAUAUUAAAGAGUACCAAAAGAGCAUGCGCGAUGUCAUUUUUUUUUUAUAAACUUUGUCACAAUAUAUUAAAAUUACAUAUCUAAAUACUAUAAUGACUAUAUCGUUUUCCAAGACUAACAAACUGUUAAAACCAUAUUAAAACAGACAUGAAAACCGUAGAUGCAAGAUAACUCGAAAUGCACUAGAUCUAACAAUACAACAAUAUACAACAAUUGUGACAGGGUGAUCCCAUUAGACAACAAACUGUGAUCCGAUUAGACAACAAACAAACUAUACAAAAGCAUUUACAUUGUCUCUUAAAAAAUUAUCAUUUAAAAACAGCAUGCAAAAGGUUUAGUGAGGUCAUGAGUCUGAUUACACUUUAAACAAAUUGUUUUCCACGAACGAGGAUCAUCGUCAACCAUUUAUAUUUUUAAAUAUUUUGUACACAAUCAGGGCAAUACAGGUCCAGAGUUCUCACCGGAGAUCUUCCCGAAGGAUUUCUCCAACUUGAUGACAAUCGUUCUCCGAACCCCCCUGGUGGUAACACACAGCAUCAGGCAAUGUAUCAAUCUAAUGUUCCAAUGCAAGUCGUCACAAGAAUCAAAGUGACAGUCGCCCAGGUAUGAAGUAUUUUUAACGGUAUUAGUGCCAAAAUUUACAUUUGUCCCCUUUAACAAGCUCUACUCACAUCCAUAACUAGCUAUGAGUCAACCGAGUCAGUUGACUUGGUAAGAUUUUUUUGUGGAAAAAAUUCAAAAUAGGAAGACUUCAAGUUUAGAGAAAACAGGUCCUGAAUGAAAUUUAUUCAAUUUCUGAUGAAGGGUAGAAGUACGAUUUAGCGUCCCAAAUAUUAUCACAAACACGUUUUUUUAUUAUUAUGCAUGCACCUGAUCAUGUUGGACCAAGAGUAUUCUUGAACUCUUAUGAUUGGAUACUUGUAGUACAAUUGUGAGACACACUGUAUGAAAUUAUAGUCAUUGUGUGACUGUUUAUGAGAUUGAUUUUUUCUUAAAAUUGCUCCCAGAAUGCAGGAAGACUAUGAAAUUAUAGUCAUUGUGUCACUUAUCAUUACUGCUGUUUUUUGUUAAAAUUGCUCCCAAAAUGCAGUCCGAAAUAGCGUUUCUAAGCCUUAGAAAAUCAAACACUCACUGGGGGAGCAUGCCCCGACUCGACUUGGUAAAUCUACACCACACUUGACUUUCAAGGGUCACAAGGCUUUUAAUCCUUGGUCGGACCUCUACUCAAGGUCUUAAAAUAAUUGAGGAGAAAGUGCUAUACCUUUACAUUGACAUCAGUAAAUGGUUAGACUUUCGUGUCUUCUCGGGUGAGGACGUUAAAAUCGUAGGUACCUCGGAUCCCCUAUCAACAUUUGGGCAAUAGCUGGCUUGUUGGAAAAUCUGCUCACCAAUGAGUGAGAUACUCAAUAAACACUUGUUUGUAUUGUAUUGCCAGGCUAAGCUUGCAAAGAAUUAUGGUCUCACAAGAAUGGAUCCAUAUUGUCGAAUCAGAGUUGGCCAUCAUGUAUUUGAAACACCAACAGCCUCAAACGGCUCGAUCAAUCCUCGAUGGAAUAAGACAGUGACAUGGUUUGUACUAUUUUACAAUCUAUUUGCAUGUGUGUUUAUUUUUUUCCAAAUUAUUUUGUUUUUUGACGUUUUCUGAACUUUUAUAACCUUAUUUCUGUCUAGCCCUUUUCAACGUAAUUCUGUGAACUCCGUUUACGUCGAAAUCUUCGAUGAGGUAUGAAAGCGUUUGUGAUUCAUGAUUUAUUAUACUGCCAAAGUCAACUGUUAAAGUUGCCUUGAGCAGGAUUUGAAUUUGCAUCGGGGUGGAUCUACCAUGGAGGCACCUGUAGGGGGGUGCACAGCCUAUCUAGUGUAACCUCGCAAACCAGGCUCUGUACUUCCGCUUCAUGCCUGUAAAUUUAGUUUUUUGGCAGGUAGCCUCCAAACUUGCCCGCUUGAGACUUGCAAAUUUACGACAGGCCAUCGGGCACUAACAAAAUUUUUUUGAGUUAUGUUUAAUAUUGUCAAAAUUGUAUUAAUUUAAAAUAAUGGUAUUUGUAACAAUAUUCAAUGAAUGGAAAUCAAGAAAGCUGACAACACCGACUGUUUGAAUAAACUUUUCUCAAAAAUGCCAAGUUUUUCAUGGCAUCAUUUGAUGAAUUUACGGCUUUAGUACGACUCUUAUUAAAUCUGGUUUGUAAAUAUUGCAAAAUGUAUUCGGAAAAAUUGAAAUUUUCUACUUUACUUAAUUAAGCAUGCAUAAGACCUUCUGCCCAUGGAUUGCAGUUAGCUUCAGGCACUUGCAGGUGGUGCCGCUACCUAGGAUCUCAACAUCUGACAGGCAUGUUCCGCUUCCCUUCCAAACACCGUCGGAGUAGAGAGCCUUAGUGCUGUCUAGCACGCCCUAGAGAAAUCUAGCACCACCGGCACUCUAAAAAAUAACAUCAUAACAUGCAUGUUAUACAGCUAUAUUUUCAAAUAUACUGUACUUUCACAAGCGAGUAAACUGUACUGUGCUACAGCAACUGUUCAGUCACGCAUAUGUCACAGAAAAGCCGAUAUAAACUGUAUAAACAAAAGAUAAUGUAAAACGUAACAGAGCGGCGAACAUGCAGAUUCGGCCAUCUCAAGUAAUGGUAAUGUUGGGAUAGUAGCGUUGCACUGUAGAGGACAGUGGGCAUUAACGCCUGUAUUCUAAAAGCUCACUCACACUCAAAGAGUGGAGGUUCAGUCUGAGCUUCUCCUGAGUGUCAAUGCUGUUUUUGAAUAGCUGGAGCGGUGGAGGGUGAGUAGUCACAUAGUAAGGUACGACACUAACCCUUCAGCUAUUCAAAAACAGCAAUCAUAGAGUAUGAGUGAGCUUUUAGAAUACGGGCGUAAGGCUCCCUCAUACACUAUACCCCCAUGGAAAACCUGCACCCCUCCUUGCAGAUGAGAUUAGGUCCCACCCUGAAAUUUAGUUAAGUUGUAUUUACUCAGAUAUUGAUUUUACAAGAUUCUAACAAUUUAUUUUAAUAUUCUUCUGUGACCGUUUUCCAGAAAGCAUUUUCUCCGGACUCUCAGGUAGCGUGGGGUCUGAUCAAGAUCAAGGAAGAUUUGCCUGCGGGCGAGACUUACGAUGAGUGGUACCCACUGAGUGGCAAGCAGGGAGAGGAUAAAGAAGGGAUGAUUAAUGUCGUCAUGUCUGUCACGGUGAGUUUGUCUACGGUGAUACUGCUUAGAAUGUAAAGGCCUAUUCCACGGACGGAAAAUUUUCCGAAAAUAUCAUUGUUAAAAAGUUGAAAAUUUUCAACUUAAAAUUUUUUUGUGAAAAUUGCCAACAAAACGUAUAUUGGUUUGGUGGUAUUUAAAUUAAACCCAUUAAUGGUACCAUUAAUGUGAAUCAAAAUUCCGACAGUUUGUAGAAAAAAAUUGAUGGAAAUUGUAUGUUAUUUUUCGCAUCAAUGAUUUUCAAUAAUUUGCAUGUUUUUUUAUUAAUGGAAUACAUUUUGAAAAGAAUGGAUUUUUUCACAUUAAUGUUACUGAAUUCGUAAAUGGUUAUGGGAAUGAUCAAUAUACCAUUAUAGCAAUUACUUUUAUUUUCUAUUCAUGGUUUUUGAAUUUUUUCUUGUGUAUUUCUGAGCACGUUAAAAAAUUAUUUUUCUUCCAGGAAUCAACAGAGCCAGUGCCUGCGACCCCAGUGAUGAUCUUUCCCCAGCCUUAUGCCAUUGCACCCCAGAUGUACUACCCUCCCAUGCCCUAUGCCAUGCCCCAACACCGCCCUCCCCCGCGGGCAGCCCCCCCUGUGCAGGUGAGACCUGAGGACGUGAAGAACAUCAAGGAUAUGUUCCCGGAUAUGGACGAAGAAGUGAUACGGUCGGUUCUGGAGGCCAGCGGUGGUAAUGUCGACGCAGCUUUGAAUCACUUGUUGAGCAUGAAUGAAAAAUAAACAACUGUAAUUAAUAAGAGAUAAUAUACUUGUUGUAACAAUGAUAGAUUGUAGAGAAGUAUUGUCACAGGGUCUGAAAUUCGCGGUUCGAAGAGAAGUGUUUUGGUAAACGUUAUGGUGAUCCAACCAUUAAAAAGUCAAAAUUUAUUUUGCCCAACUUCAAUUAUCAAUUAAAAAAUAAAUACCCACCCCUGGCCAAAAGGAUGCCAUUCAAUUGUCACACGAUUACCACUUCUGUGACACGAGUUUGAUAACUGCUUGUGCAAUUUUCUGCAGUCUAAAGUUUCAUGUUGUCUGCACAUGCACUUUCUUUGGAAAUUCCAUUUGCCUCCUGACAAAUCUGAAAAUGAUGAAAAUAGUGACUCUGAUUGAUUUACGUAUUGACAUAUGACUGUUGAAGUUGCUUUUUAUUCUUCAAUAUUUGAGUGAGCUUUGCAAAUGACAAUAAAUUUUUAUUACCCAACCCUUGAGUUAUAUAAUUUUUUUCAUUUACCCAACCUUUUACUCACUCAAAAUUUUGUUUACCCAACCCUUUUCUCUUUAUUUCUGACCCUGUAUUGUAGACUGUUACUCAGUAUAGCAUAGAAACCAUGGCUUGGCUGCCAUUGACAUUGUACUAAAUUUUAACUAUAUUAUAGUCUACAGGCCCGUAACUAGGAUUUUAGAUUUACCGAAUCGAGUCGGGGCGUGCUCCCUCAGAAAAUGUUUGAUUUUCUAAGGCUUAGAAACGCUAUCAGUUCCUGCAUUCUGGGAGCAAUUUUAACAAAAAGUCCGUAAUGAUGGACAGUGACACAAUGACUAUAAUUUCAUAGUCUUCCUGCAUUCUGGGAGCAAUUUUAUGAAAAAAUCAAUCGCAUAAAUAGUGACACAAUGCCGCUAUAAUUUCAUGGUGUGCCUCAUAAUUGUACCGGCUACAAGUUUCCAAUCAUAAGAAUCCAAGUAUUCUUUGUCCAACAUGAUCAGGUGCAUAAUAAAAAAAACGUUUUUGUGGUAAUAUUUGGACGCUAAUUCGUACUUCUACCCUUCAUUGGAAAUUGAAUAAAUUUCAUUCAGGAUCCUUUUUCUCUAAACUUGAAGUCUUCCUGUUUUGAAGUUUUUCACAAAACAUUUUAACGAGUCAGCGGACUCUGUUGACUCCCAGUUACGGGCCUGGUCCAGUAUAUACUCUAAAGCGAUACUUGAACUAGAGAUAGAUGGGUUUCACCUGUCACCAUAGACAUUCCUUUGAAUGUUUAUGGUUUCACUAAGCACGAUCAUAGAUGGUGGCCUGUUGUUAUCAGUGUGAGGAAAUAAUGACAAUGGGUGAUUGCAGCUAUAGACAAAAUUUGAUCUAGACAAGAACGAAAUCCAUCACCACAGCUGGAAAGAGCAUCUUAAAAUGAGUAAAAUUGCAAAGUUUGGUUGCGAAUUGUUGUAAAAUGAGGAAAAUAUAGCCGUGUGAAGUUCGCAAAUUUUGUAUAUACUUGCAUUACGCGCGGGAAAAAUAACCAUUUUUGAGCCCAAAGUGGUUAUUUUUACCGCGCGUCAAACAAAUAUAUACAAAAUUUGCGAACUUCACAAGGGUUACAUUUUCUUCAUUUUACAACAUUUAGCGACCAAUCUUUGCAGCUUUAAUAACUCAUUCUAAGACGCUCUUUCUAGCUGUGUUGUUGGAUUUCGUUCUUCCUGCCCUGAUCAAAAUUUAGUCCAUAGCUGGAAAUCACCCAUUGGUUUGUGCACAGUUUUUAGGGUACUGCCUCUCGCAAGUCUGAGCGUGUACGCGCCGCGAAAUGCGAGUUUGUGGGUAUAAUGGUGAAUUUACGUACAGUUACAACUUUGAAAAGUCGCUUUUCACAUUGCUUAAGGUCCAGACACACCGAACGCGCGAUUCAACAACGCGACGCGAAUUUUCGAUUUUCACUGAACGAUAACUUUGAUCCUAGUUUAAAUUUUCUAAAUAUUUAGAAGCAUUAUAACAUUUUGAUUCAUUUGGUCUACAUAUCUUUUAAAAUUUGCUCUCAUCGACUGUUUCAGUAACUUUCAAAAACUAAAAAAUCGCGUCGCGUUGUCGAAUCGCGUCCGGUGUUGUCUGGAGUUUUAGAUUGUCUAGAUUCUCUGACGUGGGAAGCUAGACCGCACCCCAAAAUGGCAGAUUUUGGGCCCCGCGUGGAAAAAGCUAAUACACGCUUUCGGAAAGUAUGUCACCUUGGCUAUGGAGCCUUUUUUUCGAGAUUGAGACGUGCAUGGGCUUCAGCUGAUGUCACAUACACGAAACGAGGAGCCAAAAUGACGUACUUUCGUACAAAUGUGAACUUUUUGACCACAAUCGACAGCCAUGUAAGUGAUGUACCCAUUUCUGAAAACCUAUUACGUAGUCCGUUGAGAUGGGAACUAAAUAUACAAUAUAUAGACUGUUCACAUUUCAUUUUACGAGUAAAUUCAGCCGAAUUAUUACCACUGGAUAUGUGGUGAAAUAUGACCGUGUUAAUUAUAAAUUGAGUUUUAUGUACCAAUAAACUAUCGAUUAAUCAUUAUGGAAGUUUUUUUCAAAGUAUUCAAAAUCUAAAAUAUUUUUGGCGUUCCUCUCAAAAUUACUUUGUUUUAGCUUUAUUUCGUAGUUUACACAGUUACCAACCGUUUUAAUGUAUCUGGCAGGUGAGAAACAUGAAAUAAUAGUUAAAUAUUGUCAAUUUAAAUACAAUUUUUGGUUAGGAAAUUUCUGUGGGCAAUGAAAGCUAGUACCAAACACCAUAUAUUUUCUCUUCAAGAGAUGCUGGUAUGAAAUCGGCUAUACCGUAAUGCAUCAUAAUUCAAAGAUG